GCCUAAAGCAAAUGCAUUAUUGCCUUGCGAAAAAAUCAUUAUCGCCACAGACUAGAAAAAACUCAUAUUUUCUUUUUAUUCAAAAUUAGAACCACAAGAUGGCAGUCGUAGACUGAUAAGAUUGACUUGGAGUCUACUCUUUCAUUGCCACUCAUAUCUCUUCUUCCAAAGAACCUCUCUAAGCAAGUUGAAGAGCUGUUACAUGAAAGGAGAAUAGUGAUGGCUGACGGAGUUGUGUCGUUUGGAGUGGAGAAACUCUGGGAUCUCCUCAGUCGAGAAUCAGAGAGACUGCAGGGAGUUCAUGAGAAAGUUGAUGAUCUAAAAUGUCAGAUGAGAAUGUUACAGUCGUUGUUGAAAGAUGCAGAUGCCCGGAAAUAUGAGAAUGAACUAGUGAGAAGCUUCUUGGAAGAUGUCAAAGACAUUGUUUUUGAUGCUGAAGAUAUAAUCGAAUCCUUUCUUUUGAAAGAACUUAGUGGAAACCAAAAAGGGAUCAAGAGGCGUGUGAAAAGACUUUCUUGUUUCUUAGUGGACCGCCUAUGUCUUUCUAGGGACAUUGAAGGCAUAACUAAGAGAAUAGUCAAGGUUGUUGGACAAAUGCAGAGCUUUGGAAUACAGCAUAGCGUCAACAAACCACCGCCUCUACAAAAGAGACAGAGGGAGAUCCAACAAACAUAUCCAAAGAGAUCUCAAAAGGAUCUUGUGGGGGUGGAACAGAGUGUUAAUGAAUUGGUUGGUCAUUUGGUGGAGAAUGAUAGCAUCCAAGUAGUUUCCAUAUCUGGGAUGGGUGGUAUUGGGAAAACCACUCUUGCCAGACAAGUUUUUCAUCAUGACAUUGUUCGAAGUCAUUUUGAUGGAUUCGCAUGGAUCUGCGUUUCGCAAGAUUUUAAGCGGAAGGAUAUUUGGCAAAAGUUAUUGCGAGACCUUAGACCACAUGAUACGGGGAUUGAACAAAUGAAUGAGGAUACACUCCAGGCUAAGAUCUUUCAUUUGUUGGAAACAUCUAAAUACUUAAUUGUCAUGGAUGAUGUAUGGAAAAAAGAAGACUGGGAUGCAAUAAAAGACGCUUUCCCCCAAGAAAGAGGUUGGAAGAUGAUUCUUACUUCACGCGAUGAAGGUGUUGGUUUGCAUGUAAACCCAAAAUCUUUCCUCUUUAAACCAAAAAUCCUUACUCCUGAAGAAAGUUGGAAGCUAUGUGAGAGCAUAGCAUUCUCUAGAAGAGAGAUAACCGGAUUUAUUGUUGAUGAAGAACUAGAAGCCAUGGGUAGGAAAAUGGUCACAUAUUGUGGAGGACUACCAUUAGCCGUUAAAGUGCUAGGAGGCUUGUUAGCUAAUAAAUAUAUGGUUGAAGAUUGGAAAAGAAUAAAUGAGAAUAUUCAAACUCAGAUAGUUCGCUUAGAUGACAACAAUCAAGAUUCGGUUUACCGAGUAUUGUCUAUGAGCUAUGAAGAUUUGCCAAUGCAGUUAAAGCAUUGCUUUCUCUACCUAGCUCAUUUUCCCGAAGACUACAAGAUACAAGUGGAGAGAUUGUAUUAUCUCUGGGAAGCAGAAGGAAUAAUAACAUCAAGUGGCAAUGGAGCAACCGCUAGGAGUAUUGGAGAAGACUACAUAGACGAGCUAGUAAGGAGAAAUAUGGUUAUUGCAGUAAAAGAGGAUUUGAGUUGCAAACUGAAGUAUUGUCAAAUGCAUGACAUGAUGAGAGAAGUAUGUUUAAAUAAAGCCAAAGAAGAGAACUUUCUUCAGAUUAUCAAAGUCCCUACUUCUUCCACCUCCACCAUCAAUGCUCAAAGUCAUACGGGAUCUCGCAGACUCGUAGUACACGGUGGUGGUAAUGCACUUGAUAUGCUGGGAGGUAAAAACAAUAAAAAAGCUAGAUCUGUUUUGGGUUUUGGACUCGACAGCAACUUGUGGAAGCAGUCAGGUCAAGAAUUCCGAAAUUUACAAUUACUUAGGGUCUUAGAUCUGAGUUUAGAUUAUAAAGAGAACUUUGAGUUUAGUUUAGAUCUGAGAAUACCUUCGAGCAUUGGAAAGCUCAUUCAUUUGAGAUAUUUGAGCUUAGCCAUAGGUUGGGCAACUCAUGUACCUUCUUCUUUACGGAAUCUAAAGCUUCUAAUCUAUUUGAAACUUAAGUCCUACGGAAGUGUUCAUCUGCCAAGUAUCUUUAACGAGAUGGUAGAGUUGAGGUUCCUGAUGCUUCCCCGUUAUUUUGAUGAUAAAACAAAGUUGGAAUUGGGUAAUCUAGUGAACCUGGAGUGCUUGAUCCCCUUCCGAUCAGAAUGCGGUAGCAUCACAGACUUCCUCCGAAUGACUAGGCUCAGGACUCUCCACAUAAAACUCAAAGGCAGGUAUACUUCUGAAACUCUAGCGUCAUCUCUCUGUGAAUUAAGAAACCUGGAGGAGUUUAGAUUGAUCGAUGAGAAGCUUAGCUUGAUCGAUGAGAAGCUUAGAUUGAUCGAAGAGAACAACGAAUCCGAUGGGGCUUAUGAUGUGGAUUUCGUUUGGAAUUUCAUUCAUCUAAGGCGUUUAGCGCUGGGCCUACAUGGGACAAGGCUUCCUGAUCACUCUCGAUUUCCUCCCCACCUUGCACACAUAUCUCUAAGUCAAUGUAAAAUGGAGGAGGAUCCACUGCAGAUUCUGGAAAAGUUGCUUCAUUUAAAGUCGGUUGAAUUACAUGAAAGAUCUUUCGUGGGGAGGAAGAUGGUGUGUUCAAAUGGUGGAUUCCCUCAAUUAUGUAAUCUAGAAAUAUGGUACCUAGACGACUGGGAAGAGUGGAUAGUCGAAGAAGGGUCGAUGCCAUGUCUUCGUACCUUGUCUAUUGGGAAUUGUAAAAAGUUGAAGGAACUACCAGAAGGGCUCAAGUAUAUAACUUCUUUAAAGGAAGUGAAAAUCAGACAUAAGAACAAGGAGUGGAAGACGACACUCGUACCAGGUGGGGAAAGUUACCACAAAGUCCAACACAUUCCUAGUGUUCAAUUACACUAUCAUAGCGACGACUCUGAUAUUGACGAAUAAGGAGAAUACAACCGUCUCAGGUGAACCUACUCGGGAUCAGUACCCACCACUAUCGAUUGUGUGAUAUGAUAAUAAGUCGUUUUUGUUGUAUGAAGUUUACAUAUCUUGUUUGUGAUAUAUUUCGUCUAUCUGUUUGCAUGCUCAUUCACUGUAAUGCUAAGUUUGGAUAUACAUUUGUAUGUUGAACCAUAUCUUAUUCGAUGUUCUCCGUUGUGUGUGCUUA